UUGUUAGUUUGUGGAUGAGACUGUUCAUCCAACAAGACAUCACAAGGGAUGGUGAGAAUUAAUCAUGAAAUCUAAAUUAGAAUGAAAUUAAUUUGAAGCCACCUGUGUCCCAAGUGUGUUGCUAUAUAUGGAGCUUGUUCAGUCAUACAUAUGAAAUCCUUUUGCUUAGAAACACUUGGCAAGAAUGUAUAUGAUACCUUCUCAUCUUUUUUUUUUUUCUUUUUCUUGUGGAGAUUUUUAAGCAACAAUGACAUUUUGUUUGUGAUUCAUGCUUGGAAUCUUCUUUUUUGUAUGGUGGGAUGUCUUGGUCUUUGAGAAAUUUGAGGUAGGAGGUGUCUUGGAGUGUUGUUCUUCAGUUGUUACUUCAAGUUGAGUUGUGACAGAGGAGGAGUUUUCCAUGUUUAACAUCCAUUUGAUGAGUUUUGAUGACAUUCUUUGCAGAAAGAUGGGUUUUUUCAUCAAUUCUUUCUUGUCUUUUGUCAUUAAUUCUUUGCUCUUUCUGAUUGGAUUCAUAUCCAAACAUGUUUUCAGGAUAAAGAAAGAGGAUUGUGAAGAAGAAGAAGACUGUGAAUUCAUGGAGAGGGAACAGAGUGAUUUUGAAGAGGAAGAGACAUCUAGUUUGAGUUUUAAGUUUGAGUAUCAGAUUUCUGAAGACAGUUUGAGUUGCAGUGAAGAGCCAGCAAUGGUGACAAAUGUUAGCAAGUACUGUUUCUUAUCUGAAAAUGAUUUCAAGGGCUUUGUGCAAGAGCCUGAAUACAUGACAUUUCACAUUCAAGAGUCUUUUGCUGAUCCUGGUGAUGAAAAUUUUAUAAGCAAAUUAUCAUCAGAAGAAGAUCACAAGACGAUUAGUGUUAUGAACAAGAAUAAGUUCAUGUUAGAAGAGUUUUCAGGCUUUGAGUCGGACUCCGAAUCAAGUACUAGUGAUGGAUAUUCUGUGAAGAAUCUUGCUGCAGAUUCAGAUAGUGAUGGAUUUCUAUCAGAUGUAGAUUGUGCUGGCUAUGAAUGUGAAUCAGAUAGCACAGUGAGUACUAUGAAUUCUAAAAACUGUAAUUCCGAUACAGAAUCGAAUAUCUCCAAAGUUAUGCCGCAGAUUUCUUCAGAAUUUAUCCAAGACAUUGCAUUGAAGGAAGAUGAUCAAAUAUCAGAAGCAAUCGAAGAGCUUCAUCAUAUAUCUGAUAAGAUUCCGGGGAACAAUUCAAGUAAUUCAGAUGAAAAUUUACUAGAAUUAAUCAGUGAUCCUGACAAUGAAGCCUUAUCAUUUGCAAACAAACAAGUGAAGGAAAACAAUGAGGAAAUUGCACAGAAGUUUGAGACAAAGUACACAGAGAUAUCAGAGUGUGAAGAGUUGGAUGAAUUGGAGGAAGAGCUGUGGGAGCACCGAGAUCUGAUUGAGCAGCUGAAAAUGGAACUAAAGAAAGUGAGGGGAAUUGGAUUGCCAACCAUCUUUGAAGAAUCCGAAAGCCCAAAAUCGGUUGAGGAUCUUCAACCAUGGAAGAUCGACGCAAAGUUCUUGCAGGAAGAUCCUAUGGAUGAGUUGCUCAACUUCCACAAAUGCUAUCGGGAGCGAAUGCGAAAAUUCGAUAUCUUGAAUUAUCAGAAAAUGUAUUCAAUAGGAUUCCUGAAAUUGAAGGAUCCUCUUCAAUCCUUGGGCAAUCAGAAAUCUAUACUAUCUCAAAAUUUAUGGCCUUUUCGACACCGAAAAUGCACCAGUGAUGCAUCAAAGAAGUUCAUUAAGGAGCUGCAGAAUGAUCUUGAGACAGUGUAUGUUGGCCAGACAUGCCUUUCAUGGGAGUUCCUCCGUUGGCAAUACGAAAAGGCUCACCUAAUCUUGUACUCCAACAAACAUCGAGUCCGGCAAUACAAUCAAGUUGCCGGAGAAUUACAACAGUUUCAAGUGAUUAUUCAAAGAUUUUUAGAGAAUGAGCCCUUUCAAGGACCCCGACUACCGAAUUAUGUUAAGAAUCGAUGUGUUCUUCGCAAUCUGCUUCAAGUGCCAGUCAUAAAAGAGGAUUGCAUGAAAGACAAGAUGGAGGGACUUAGAAAAGGAAAUAAAAUAAUCACAAGUGAAAUGAUUGAAGACAUCUUGGAAGAAGCCAUUAAUAUCAUUUGGGACUUCAUCAAGGCUGACAAAGAUGAAACCCCACUGAUUUUGAAGGGUCUAUUUGGACCUCAGGUUGAACUUCAGGACCCAUCAGACUUUGAUAUCAUGGUGCAUGCUCAAGCAAUUCUUCAUAAGAAAGAGAAAAAACUGAAAGACAUCUUGAGGACAGGCAAUUGUCUUGUGAAGAAGUUCAAAAAACCGCGAGAAGACCGAUCAAAUCAAGACAUAUUUUUCUCUCAAGUUGAUCUGAAAUUGGUUUCAAGAGUGCUAAGAAUGCCGAAAAUGACAACUGAUCAGUUAAUGUGGUGUCAUAAGAAGUUGGAGAAGAUUACAUUUUCUGACGGAAAAGUUCAGAGAGAAUCUGCAUUUUUGCUGUUUCCUUGCUGAUGCAUGGAUUAAACUUCAAGACUAUGUUUCUUCAUUGCAUCCAUUUAGACUUCUAAGCAAACUUGUAUAGCAAACAAUACAUAUUGAAUUUUUAUUUUUAUAUUUGAUGUAUACAAAGUGAAUUAACAUCUCCCAUGUAUUGUAAAUAAAGAUACUCAUAAAAGUGGAGAUUGAGGCAAAG